AUGAGAAGGAUUGGCAGGAGCUCCAGCGCAAGGGCCUCCUCCGGCCCGCGGAGGUCGCCCUGCUGCGGCGCUUUGACGGCGACCGGACAACGAGGAGGAGGACUGCUCUCUGCCGCCCCUGGCAUUGCGCCCUUCCCCGCCAGGGGGUCGGCGAAGCACCUGGUGCUCCUCCACUGGACGGGGACGGUGACCCGGGAGGUCCACGUGAAGUCCAAGGCAAUCGCCAACACCUUCAAGGACAUGUUCGGGCGGCUAACUGCCAUACUGGAGAUGCAGCAGGAUCUGGUGGACACCAUGGAGCUGCCCGUUCCGUAUCAGUAUUUUCACCUCCUGAAUAUGAUGGUGGUUGUGAAUUUGAUGCUCUGGGCUUACGCCAUGGGCAUCUCGGCCUCGCUGUGGGCCCCGGUGACGUUCCUGUUCGCAGAGAUCAUCUUCAUGGGCAUGCUGGAGCUGGCGUCGCAGCUGGCCGACCCCUUUGGAGAGGACGAGGUGGACUUCCCGGUGCGGGAGUGGACCCUGGACGGCGGCCGCGCCGCCCCGCGGGGCUGCUCUCCCCGCCGGUUCACCAGCGUCUUCAUCGAGCAGCAGGCGCGCAGCUGCCCGCCUCUGCCCCAGAGGUGUGGCCGGUUCACCUGCUCGGUAGGGCCCCGUGCGCCGCUUUUCUACGCCGAGCUCUGCGGGCGCCUCGGCGCGCGGUGGGUUCGCGCCGGGGCGUCCCUGUUGCACGGACCGACUGCCGCGCCCACGCGGCGAGGUGCCGCGCUGCUGCCCGGGGCGCUCGCGGCGCUGCUGCCGGCCGCCCCCGCCGCCCACGCCCUGGAGGACGCCACGCCAGCGGCAUCCAGCGCCAAGUUCCAGCGGGUGGUCGUCAACGUGGGCGACAAGGCGUCCAUAGACAAGGAGGUCUUCUUCUGGACCGAGGCUGCCAGGAUGAAGGUCAUCAGCGACAAGGUCGGCGCAGACGGCCUGAGGUCCGUGGUGCUCGGCUACCCAGGCGAUAGCAGCGGUGGCGCCCUGCUCGAGGUGAAGCUGGACCCCGCCGUACUCAAGAGGCCCAUGCCCAAGCUGCUGAACUACGAGGUCAUGCAGCCGACCGUCAACGCCCUGAAUUUUGUGCAGAUCGGCCUGAAGGGGAAGAUCAUGGAGCUGUUCCAGAAGGUGCAGGAGUCCGGGGGCGCGUCGACGAACGGCGACCCGAGCUACAUCGACGUGGAGUCGCCGCGGGGCGUCCUCGUCCGGCUGCUGCCGCGCGAUGACCCCCAACCGCGGGUGGAGCUGAUCUCCCUGAAUAUCGAGGUGCCGGCCUUCGAGCCUGUGGUGAAGUUUUACCAGAGGUCAAUGGGACUGCAGCGGCUGGAGUACGACCCGGCCGACCCGCCGAUCACAAAGUUCUCCAUCCUGAUGGGCAGCACCCUCGGCGGGACCAACCUGCUCCUGUCGCCCGUGCCAGACGGGCGCCUGAAGGACAGGAGGCUCGACGAGUUCGAGGGCGUCGUCAUGACGGCGCCCAACGUGAGGAAGGUGGUUGACGACGCCACGGCCGCUGUGCAGAAGGCGGCGGAGGAGGCCGCGGCGAAGGAGGAAGCCAUCAAGCAGAAGAUCCAGACGGCCAAG